CCUCCAUGGCCACAUCCCGCCGGAGCUUGGCAAUCUUUCCCGCCUACGCUAUCUCAAUUUAAGCGGAAACUCCCUCCAAGGCGGAAUUCCACCCGCUCUUUCUCACUGUGCUCGGCUUCAAGCACUCAUUCUAGGGAACAACAUGCUUCGAGGGGAGAUCCCGUCCAAUCUAAGCCAAUGUCGAGAACUCCAAGUCCUGAGCCUACGCGGCAACUUUCUCAUAGGGAGCAUCCCAGAAGAGCUUGGCUCCCUCUCGAAGCUCACCUACCUUGACCUCCGCGUCAACAACCUCACAGGCAGCAUCCCUCCUUCCUUGGGGAACCUCUCCUCCCUCACCCAUCUCGGCGUCACCAGCAAUUCUCUUUCGGGCAUCAUCCCCUCCUCCUUGGGCCAGCUCUCAUUCCUUGUCUUUCUUCUUCUACAAAAUAACAACCUCGUGGGCGUCAUCCCUUCUUCUCUUGGAAAACUCUCCUCUCUUCAACACCUGGACCUAUCAUAUAACAAUCUAGACGGAGACAUCUCACCUUCACUAGGCAACCUCUCCUCUCUUCUGUUUCUGAGACUGAUGCAUAACAAUCUAGCUGGAAGCAUCCCACCCUCGUUAGGGAACCUCUCCUCUAUCAUCGACAUGAACCUCGCCAUCAAUACCCUCUCAGGAGAAAUCCCUCCUUCCCUCGGGCUCCUGCCUUCCCUCAUCGCUCUCUAUCUCACGGGAAACGCACUAUAUGGAGGGAUCCCACCUUUGCUCGGGGCUCUCCAUUCUCUCACACUCACAUCUAUCGGGUUAUCGCAUAAUAGGUUGUCGGGCAUGAUUCCUUCCUCAAUCUACAACCUCUCGAGCCUCGAGGACCUUGGUCUCGCUGAUAACGACCUCAUCGGCACCCUUCCACCUGAUUUGGGCCUCUCUCUUCCCAGACUCCAGGUACUCAGUAUGUACUCCAACCAAUUUCAUGGGCCCAUCCCCAUGUCACUUGCCAAUGCAUCAGGCCUCCAAAUCAUCCAGCUCACAGGUAAUAGGUUCACUGGAACAAUCCCCACGGGCCUGGGUGCCUUGCCACAGCUAUAUCGGUUGAAUCUGGACAGCAACCACCUAGAAACCGGAGAUGCCGAUGACUGGAGCUUCCUCACUUCCCUGGCAAAUUGCAGCAACCUACAAGUGCUGGCCCUUGAUGACAACAGGCUCGGAGGGACGCUGCCCAACUCCAUAGCAAAUCUCUCGACCACCCUCCGAUGGCUGCAUCUGGGAGAGAACCAAAUAUCAGGUAGCAUUCCUACUGAAAUCGGGAAAUUCUUCAACCUGACUUUCCUUGACGUGGGCCAGAAUCUUCUCACUGGCAGCAUACCUGACUCCAUUGGAAAACUCCGGAGCUUACAGAUACUUGAUCUGUCAAAUAACAACUACUUGUCAGGUCCAAUUCCGACCUCUAUCUGCAACGAGACUCAGCUGAGUGAACUUUAUUUAGGAUCCAAUUCACUGACAGGUAGCAUCCCUGUGACCCUGGGAAACUGUCAAGCUUUGGACUUUCUUGAUCUUGCACACAAUAAGCUUACAGGUGGCAUACCCAAAGAGGUUGUUAGCCUUUCCUCGCUCUCCAGAUAUCUUAGCUUUUCCCAUAAUUCGCUCGUCGGGUCCCUGCCUCUGGAAAUUGGAAGCUUGACUAAUCUCCGUGAGUUGCACUUAUCUGAAAACCAUUUAACUGGUGAGAUUCCUAGGAGCAUUGGAGCAUGCCAGGUCUUGGAGAUCCUGGAUAUGGGAGGCAACCACUUGCAAGGGAUCAUUCCCCAAUCCAUGAGCAAUUUGAAAGGGAUCCAAGAGUUAGAUCUUUCACGCAACAACUUGUCGGGUGGUGUCCCAGAGUUUCUGGAGGAGUUAAAAUUUCUGCAAUACCUGAAUCUCUCUUUUAACAAUUUCGAAGGUGAGGUGCCAACUAAAGGAGUUUUUCAAAAUCUGAGUGCCUUUUCGGUUGUUGGUAAUGAUCGGCUUUGUGGUGGUGACCCAAAAUUGGGCUUGAAAAAAUGUUCAACACAAACCAAUAAGAGAAGAAAUGGAUCCUUGCCAAUCAAACUGAUCAUUCCAGUUGCUGCUGCACUUCUGUGCUUAGUCCUGAUAAUAUGUUUGCUAAUCAUUCGUUAUAGUCUAUGUAAUUCAAGAAAGGAGUUUCCAUCAACAGCGUUGGUAGAAGAACUGCUUAUCAGAGUCUCUUACUCUGACCUUCUUAAAGCAACAGAUGGGUUCUCGCCUACAAAUCUGAUAGGUGCUGGAAGUUAUGGUUCUGUGUAUAAAGGAAUUAUGGAUUUUGAUGAAGAAAAAAUUGUGGCUGUGAAGGUACUCAACCUUCUAUACAGAGGGGCUUCCAGGAGUUUUAUAGCUGAAUGUAAUGCUUUGAGAAUUAUCCGACAUCGGAAUCUCGUCAAGGUAAUAACAUCCUGUUCCAGUGUGGAUUACAAAGGGGAUGAUUUCAAAGCUCUAGUUUUUGAGUUCAUGCCUAAUGGGAGUCUGGAGAAGUGGUUGCAUCCACAAGCAAGUGAUCAAAGUCGAGAGACAAAUCUGAGUCUUAUGCAGAGGCUGGACAUAGCCAUAGACGUUGCCUCUGCAUUGGAUUAUCUUCAUCACCAUGGCCCAACCCCAAUUGUUCACCGUGAUCUGAAGCCGAGCAAUGUUCUUCUCGAUGAAGAUAUGACUGCUCACGUCGGUGACUUUGGGCUGGCAAAGUUUCUUACCAAAAAGGUGAGCAAGUCAUCUCAUCAGAAUUCAUCCUCAUCAAUUGGAAUGAAGGGGACAAUUGGCUAUGUUGCUCCAGGUGAGGAUUUCAUAUAUCCAUGACUUCUUUCAAGUUUUGUUUGUUUGUUUUCUAAUUUUUUUUUUUUUGGUUUAA